AUGUCAUCAGAUGAUAGUAGCUCGGCAGGAUCUGAAAGUGAGAGAACUGAAGGUAAAAAACGUACCAGAAAUCCUGAAAAAUGGAAAGUUAACAAGAGGAAACUUGCACGUCAAGUAGGAAAAGCGUAUAUAUCUACAUCUAGGAAGUUUGUGGAAGCAAAAAAGAUUGGACCCCCAUGCACGUGCAAACUAAAAUGUACAAGCAAAUUUAAUGACGAAGAAAAACAGCUAAUAUUUUCUAAAUUAUAUGAUGGAAAGCCAAAAAACGAACAGGACACUUUCCUUCAAGGUUUAAUGGAGACAAAACCCAUUGUAAGACGUCGCAAACGAGUGGCCGAUGGCGAUGAACUCAAUGCAAAGCUGAGAACUGCACAUUUUCAAUACUUUGUUCAAAAAAUUGAAGAACGAGUGCCGGUAUGUAAACAGGCUUUUCUCAAUUUGUAUGCCAUAUCUCACUUCCGUGUACAACGCCUAAAUAUGUUGCUCAGUAAAGGAGAAUCUCCUAAAGACAUGCGUGGAAAGCACAGCACCAGACCUACCUCAGUUACUGCCGAAACCAGGACUAAAAUGCAAAUGCAUAUCGAUUCCUUUCCAUUUAAAACUUCACAUUAUGGUGCAAAAGACAUUAAAUAUUUGGACUCCAAACUUAACGUAAAAAUUUUGUUCGACCUUUUUAUCAAGAAACACCCUGAAUUGAAUAACAUUGUUAAAUAUGAGUUCUUCUUAAAAUAUUUCAAUGAAAAUUACUCCUUAAAGUUUGGCAGACCACAAGUCGAUGUCUGUAGCGAAUGCGAACGACUUGGUAGGAGAUUAAGAGAUAAAAGUUUAAACGACAAUGCCAAAAGGGUGUGUGCAGCAGAGCUUAUGGUCCACAAACGAAGGGCCAAAAAAUUUUAUAGUAAAUUGCAAGAAGUACAGGCACUGUCCAAGGCUCACCCUGAGAUAUUAGGAAUCACGUUUGAUUACAUGCAGAAUUUGCCCCUCCCAGUUUUACCUGUGCAGGAAAUAUUUUAUUACAGGCAGCUUUGGGUUUAUGCAUUUGAAAUCCAUAACUUGCGAACAGGCGAUGGCCAUUUUUAUAUGUACCAUGAGGGUCAAGCCCUAAAGGGCUCCAAUGAGAAAGAUUUUUUCAAUGGUAUUGGAUCUGGAAUUAAAAAUUUUGGAAAUACCGUAGGUGAGACAGUUAAAGAUGGUUGGGACACUGUUAAGGACAAAUUGGGAUGACAGA